CUGGCACUCGGUUGGAGUUGGAGCUGCCGACCGCAUCGCUUCACCCGAUCGGGACAUCGAGCUGAUCUCACCUUACAAGCCCGCUGUUUUUUUAACUUCUUUUACUUCAAAAGCCUGUGGUAGUUUUUGCUUCAGGAUACGGGGCUUCUUACUCUUACUCUUAUUUUCCCAGUUUGUUUCUUGCUUUGACUCUGCUGCUGCUAGCAGCUUUUGAGAGGAGAGGAAACAAAGACUAAUUAUGGAUGAUAGAAUGAUGUAUUUAUUGCUUAAACUUGCUGGGUUUGCUUUCCUUAUUCAGAUAUGUACAAGUAAUGAAUUUCACUAUUUAGAUGAUGUGGACUUUGUGGAGGACGACCACCCGCAUGACAAAUGUACCCGCCGCCGUAUGGAUGUCGUUUUCAUCUUGGACGAAUCGUCAAGUAUCCCUCCAGCCGUUUUCCGAAAGGAGAAGCGAUUUGUCGCUCAGAUGCUGAGACAGUUCGAUAUCGGAGUUGACGGGACACGGGUCGGGGUCCUGACCUUUGCAGAUAUGACCCGCGUCCAUGUAAAUCUGAAAGAUUUCGGUCCCAGGCAUAAAAUCUGGUCUCAGGUAAAAAAAAUCAGACAAUUUGGUGGUAAUACCAACACCGGGGAAGCCUUGCGAAUACUCCGGACUUACGCGUUCCAUCCGGCCCAGGGGGCCCGUGUCGGCACCCCGGUCCCACAGAUAUGUAUCGUAGUGACCGAUGGUGGCUCCCAACGCCAUGACCUCACUAAAAUCCAGGCCAUGCGCGCCAAGGCGAAGGGUUUCAUAAUGUUCUCCGUGGGAGUUGGUCCGGAUUCGAACGAGGAGGAGCUACAUAAUAUUGCGUCUGACAUCCACUACAUUCUCUCGCACGAGGACCACGUUCAUGCUGCCGAAGUUUCAUGCGACGCUACUCUGCCCCCACCUCGUUCCAUUAUCCCCGGCUGUGCCGACAACCCCAUCGACCUGGUAUUCGUCCUCGACAACUCAAACAGUAUCCCACACGGCUCCUACGACAAAAUGAUGGAAUUCGUCGCCGAUAUGGUGAUGGGCUUCAACAUUGGGGAGGACGCAACAAGAGUUGCACUUAUCAAGUUUGCAAGUGAUGCAAUACUCGAGUUUACCUUCAACUCUUUUUUCGAUCGAGAGGAUGCCUCGGAUGCCAUCAGAACCACAAACAGGCUCCGCGGUGGUACUUACACGUACUAUGCCCUCAGAAUGAUCGAAACUGAGUUAUUAUUAGCGGACCGCGGGGCUCGGGAAGGCAUCCAGAAAGUUGCCAUGGUUAUCACGGAUGGCAACUCGGCCAACAAGCGACACACUCUCUGGCAAGCUAAGGUCCUGCGAGAAAAAUAUAAUUUCCGCUUCUUUGCACUUGGCGUUGGCAAUGAUAUUGAUAUCACUGAGUUGUACGGCAUUGUCGGCCCAAACAACGAGGCUGAUGUGUUCUUGGUUGAGACCUUUGACCACCUGAUAGAGUUCAGUGAAACUAUGGUCCUGAAAUCAUGCGGCAACGCCCCGUCUCGAGCACCACCAAUUAUUGCCAAGAAAGUCGACAUUGGCCUCACGAGAGCCUUCAAGCCGCAUAGUUCCAACCCAAUCGCCAAGAUGAACAAGGAAACAAGACUAAAGUUUGAUCUGAAGAUCCAGAACGUCGCAAAUACAGACAUCGAACCACUGCCAAGAGGCGAGAAGAACUAUGCAGUCGACUUCUAUUUCUCGCAGGCAAACCUCCAGCGAACACCGAUCCGUCGUACAAGAGUCCACAAGUUGAACAAUAUUGUCGAACCUGGCCUGGAGUUCGGUCUGAUUGGAAACGGGCCUGCUUCAUCGCUGAUUACAUUCGACACUUCUGGUACCUUGCCUGGCAGAGAGUGUAGCAGGUACAUCUGGUUCUGCGCAUGCGUCAGAGAGGGAGAAGAUGCCAAGUACAGAGAUGCCGACGAUAGGAACAAUUGUCAAUGUCGACCAGCAGAGGAGUUGAUAUCCUGUUCGCCUGAUAUCAUGGUGGCGAACUUUGACCCCAAGGGCAAAGAGUACCUGAGAGGAGAGGAAACCGAACUGGACGACAUUUCCCUUAACGUCAAGAACGGAGCAAACCGUGAACCUGGUAACAACAUCCUAAAAGCGGAAAGAGGAGAUAACUAUAAGAUCCAGCUGGUUUUUGCCAAAGAAGAUCUCGCAAAGAACCCCAAUGCUAAGAAGACACCGCCUUUCCCAACUACCUUGAAAACUGGGGAUCUGUCCGUAGCCCUGGAUGCCGCCAGAAUCACACCACAACAACGGAUGAAGGCCAAGGUUAUGCUGCCGGAUGAGGACGACUGUGCGCAGUAUCUGUGGCUAUGCGCAUGCGUUAGUGAGGCAAGUGGUGCGGACUACAAGGAUGCCAAUCCGAACAACAACUGCGAAUGCAAGGAUGUCUCUCCUUUCAUGAAGUGUGUGUUCCUUCCGCUACAAAAAAUAUUUGAUGGCUGCUUUGGAAAGGUUGCUGAUGUAUUCUUCAUUGUCGAUUCGUCAAGCGGCAUCAAGGAUGCAGACUACCAAUCAGUUUUGGAGUUUGCUCAACUUAUGACAUUAGGCAUGGACAUUGGCAGGUCAAAGACUCGUGUCGGAGUGAUCUCGGUUGCGGAUAGGCCCGCGGUUGCGUUUCAGCUGAAUAAGUACUCAGAUAGAGAGGCGACCGCCCUGGCCAUCCCAAAAGUGCGGCGACAAAGAGGACGUUCAAACAAGAUGGCUGACGCCCUUAUCAUGAUGCAAGAGUACAAUGCAGCCAGGUAUGGAGGGAGGGAAGGAGCUUUGAAAGUUGGAAUAGUCAUCACCAGCGGCCCGUCAGCGGACAUGGCAAAGACGAGAGCAGAAGCUAAGAAGGCUCGGGAUAAUGGCUACAUCUUGUUUGCUAUUGGUGCAGAUAACUUCGACUUCGACGAGUUGGAGGGAAUUGCUGACAUCCCGUUUUCCGAGACCAGAUUGUUUACGUCGUAUUCCUACAAAAGGUUGUCCAGAAAUGUACCGGCCGUCGUCGAGGAAAUGUGCAGAUUAAAGCCUGCAGUAAUUAUCGAAAACCCAGAUCUUGCCUUAAAUGACUUUGUGGUCGCCGAUGAAAGUCCCAUAAUGGUCAUGGACAAAGAUGCCACAAUGAAGAUGAAUGUCGUACUCGGAAACAAGGAGGGAGCCGAUAUAAAGCGACUGAAUAGGCGCGAAAAGAACUAUGCCCUGGAUUUCUACAUCUCUGAAGACAACUUGGAGGUCACUCCAAAAUCUGAUACCAGGACAGUGUUCCUGAAGAACGUAAAGGAACCUAACUUGAACUUUGGUUUGAUAGCCAAGGGCUCACCCUCCAGUCUUCUCAAGUUUGAUACAGAGGGAAAACUACCGGUCAGACGCUGUAACAAUCUUGUGUGGUUUUGCGCCUGCGCCAGAGAGGGCAGUGACGCGCCAUGGAUAGAUGCCGACAACACGAACAACUGUAAAUGCCAGGAUGCCAAAGAGAAGAUAUCCUGCUCUCCUGAUAUCAAGGUGACCAACUUUGAUCCGAAGAAGAACGAGUUCUUGAGAGGAGAAGCAACCGAGAUAGGGGACCUUGCUCUCAAAGUUCAGAACGCAGCAGAUCGUCAACCAGGCAACGACAUCUUCAAGGCAAAGACUGGAGACAACUUUGCCAUCGACUUGCACUUUGCCCAGGCUGAUCUCGCCAAGAAUCCGCGUGCUGUGAAGACACCACCUUUCCCAGCUACCUUGAAAACCGGGGACUUAUCAGUUGCUCUCAAAGCUGCGUCGGUCACAGGCAUGCAGAAGAUGAAAGCCAAGGUCACACUACCGGAUGAAGACGGCUGCGCUCAGUACGUUUGGCUUUGCGCAUGCGUAAGGGAGGCACGUGGCGCCGAGUAUAAUGACGCCAAUCCCAACAACAACUGUGAAUGCAAGGACGUCUCUCCAUUCAUGAAGUGUGUAUUCCUUCCGCAACAACCGAUCUUUGAUGGCUGUGUUGGGAAGGUGGCUGAUGUGUUCUUCCUCGUCGAUUCAUCAAGUCGCAUUAAAGACGCCGACUACCAGAAAGUGUUGGAGUUUGCUCAACUUAUGGCAUUAGGCAUGGACAUUGCAGAAGCUAAAACACGUGUGGGAGUGAUCUCGGUUGCGGACAGGCCCGCUGUAGCAUUCCAGUUGAACAAAUACUUUGACAGAGAGGAUGCCGCCCUAGCUAUUCCCAAAGUGCGGCGACAAAGAGGACGUUCAAACAAGAUGGCUGAAGCCCUUAUCAUGAUGCAAGAGUACAAUGCAGCCAGGUAUGGAGGAAGGGCAGGAGCUUUGAAAGUUGGAAUAGUCAUCACCAGCGGCCCGUCAGCGGACAUGGCAAAGACGAGAGCAGAAGCUAAGAAGGCUCGGGAUAAUGGCUACAUAUUGUUUGCUAUUGGUGCAGAUAACUUCGACUUUGACGAGUUGGAGGGAAUUGCUGACAUCCCGUAUUCCGAGACCAGAUUGUUUACGUCUUAUUCCUACAAAAGGUUGUCCAGAAAUGUACCGGCCGUCGUCGAGGAAAUGUGCAGAUUAAAGCCUGUGAAAAACCCAGAUCUUGCCUUGAAUGACUUCGUGGUCGCCGAUGAAAGUCCCAUAAUGGUCAUGGACAAAGAUGCCACAAUGAAGAUGAAUGUCGUACUCGGAAACAAGGAGGGAGCCGAUAUAAAGCGACUGAACAGGGGCAAAAAGAACUAUGCCCUGGAUUUCUACAUCUCUGAAGACAACUUGGAGGUCACUCCAAAAUCUGAUACCAGGACAGUGUUCCUGAAGAACGUAAAGGAACCUAACUUGAACUUUGGUUUGAUAGCCAAGGGCUCACCCUCCAGUCUUCUCAAGUUUGAUACAGAGGGAAAACUACCGGUCAGACGCUGUAACAAUCUUGUGUGGUUUUGCGCCUGCGCCAGAGAGGGCAGUGACGCGCCAUGGAUAGAUGCCGACAACAAGAACAACUGUAAAUGCCAGGAUGCCAAAGAGAAGAUAUCCUGCUCUCCUGAUAUCAAGGUGACCAACUUUGAUCCGAAGAAGAACGAGUUCUUGAGAGGAGAAGCAACCGAGAUAGAUGACCUUGCUCUCAAAGUUCAGAACGCAGCAGAUCGUCAACCAGGCAACGACAUCUUCAAGGCAAAGACUGGAGACAACUUUGCCAUCGACUUGCACUUUGCCCAGGCUGAUCUCGCCAAGAAUCCGCGUGCUGUGAAAACACCACCUUUCCCAGCUACCUUGAAAACCGGGGACUUAUCAGUUGCUCUGAAAGCUGCGUCGGUCACAGGCAUGCAGAAGAUGAAAGCCAAGGUCACACUACCGGAUGAAGACGGCUGCGCUCAGUACGUUUGGCUUUGCGCAUGCGUAAGGGAGGCACGUGGCGCCGAGUAUAAUGACGCCAAUCCCAACAACAACUGUGAAUGCAAGGACGUCUCUCCAUUCAUGAAGUGUGUAUUCCUUCCGCAACAACCGAUCUUUGAUGGCUGUGUUGGGAAGGUGGCUGAUGUGUUCUUCCUCGUCGAUUCAUCAAGUCGCAUGAAAGACACCGACUACCAGAAGGUGUUGGAGUUUGCUCAACUUAUGGCAUUAGGCAUGGACAUUGCAGAAGCUAAAACACGUGUGGGAGUGAUCUCGGUUGCGGACAGGCCCGCUGUAGCAUUCCAGUUGAACAAAUACUUUGACAGAGAGGAUGCCGCCCUAGCUAUUCCCAAAGUGCGGCGACAAAGAGGACGUUCAAACAAGAUGGCUGAAGCCCUUAUCAUGAUGCAAGAGUACAAUGCAGCCAGGUAUGGAGGAAGGGCAAAGGCUUUGAAAGUUGGAAUAGUCAUCACCAGCGGCCCGUCAGCGGACAUGGCAAAGACGAGAGCAGAAGCUAAGAAGGCUCGGGAUAAUGGCUACAUCUUGUUUGCUAUUGGUGCAGAUAACUUCGACUUCGACGAGUUGGAGGGAAUUGCUGACAUCCCGUAUUCCGAGACCAGAUUGUUUACGUCGUAUUCCUACAAAAGGUUGUCCAGAAAUGUACCAGCUGUCGUCGAGGAAAUGUGCAGAUUGAAGCCUCCGGCUCCGAAUCCAGAUCUGGUACUGAAUGACUUCAAGGUUGGCGAUGACAAUCUUCCAAUGGUCGUGGAUCAGGAGACGGACUUGCCAAUGAAUGUGGUGCUAGAGAACAAGGCUGGGGGAAACAUAAAACCAUUAAGGUGGCAACAAAAGAACUAUGCAGUUGAUUUCUACGUCUCUCAGGCCAACUUGGUGAUCACCCCGCUUGCUGAUACGACAGCAGUGCUCCUGAAGACUGUUAGGGAACCUUCACUGGACUUCGGUCUAGAUGCCAAGGGUGCUCCCUCCAGCCUUCUCAAGUUUGGAACAAGAGGGAAAUUGCCAAGUGACCGCUGCAACAAGUACGUGUGGUUCUGCGCAUGCGCCAGAGAGGGAACCGAUGCGCCGUGGAAGGAUGCUGAUAACACCAACAACUGUAAAUGCAAUGAUGCCUCGGAGAAAAUAUCAUGCGCUCCUGAUAUCCAGGUGGCUGAUUUCCUGCCUAACGCAGACGGCAAGACCUUCAAGGGUGAAGCGGUGGAACUCAGCAACAUUAAUGCGAAGGUGAAGAACAGUGGACCAAGAAAACCCGGAAACAACAUCCAGAAGGCUAAAGGAGGAGACAACUUUGCUAUCGACUUGCACUUUGCCCAGGCGGACCUAGCUGUCAAUCCAAAAGCUAAAAAGUCGCCCGCAUUCCCUGCGACCGUGGAAACUGGUGAUCUCUCUGUGGCCUUGAGAGCUGGUGGUAGCACGGCGGACCAGAAGUUGAAAUCUACCAUUACUCACCCUGCCAAUGAAUGUGAAAAAUACGUUUGGCUUUGUGCAUGUGUCCGUGAAGCUUCUGCAGCCAAAUACAAGGACAGUAACACUAACAACAACUGCGAAUGCAAGGACGUCUCCCCGCAGGUUAAGUGUGGAGGUGCAGCGGCUGCAUGUAAAGGCAAGCCCGUGGAUGUGGUCUUCGUCAUUGACAACUCCAAUAGCAUCAGGAACAACGAUUACGUCCAUAUGAUGGACUUCGUCGAGGCUCUCAUCAGUGCCUUUGAUAUCGGUGUAGACAAGGCUAGAAUUGGUCUGGUGACGUUUGCCAGUGAUACCUUGGUCCGGUUUGAGCUGAACAAGUUCUCGGAUUCAGGCGAAAUCAUACAAUUUGUCGAUGGCAUGAGGCGGCAGCAUGGCGGGACGCAAACUGGCGACGCUUUAGAAGAGACGAGAGAACAUACAUUCCAAGAGGAGCAUGGUGCCCGUCCCGGUGUUCUGAAGGUGGCGCUGGUCAUCACUGAUGGUAUCUCUGCCAAUAGGAGACAGACUCUGGCGGAGGCAAAGAUAACCCGAGAUCAUGGUAUCCGAGUAUAUGCGAUUGGUAUUGGCCCUGGCGUUGAUCAGAGCGAGUUGCUUGGCAUUGCCGGGUCGGAAAACCCUCAACAAGUGUUCAGCUCGGAUACCUUUGAGGCCCUUACCACCCUGAGAGAAAGGAUUAUUCAGGACACUUGUUCUGCCACGCCAGCACCACCACACGUUGUAUCAUGCAAGGACACGCCAUCUGACGUAGUCUUCAUCAUUGAUAACUCUAACAGCAUCAGAAGAGGCGAUUACGUCAAAAUGAUUGAUUUUGUCGAAACACUCGUCGGCUCAUUUGAUAUUGGAUUGGACAAGACGAGAAUUGGUGUGGUGACGUACGCAAGUGAAGCCCUGGUCCGAUUCGAGCUCAACAAGUACGGAACUUCUUCUGAAAUUGUCGAGUUCGUUGAUACCAUGAGAAGACAGCACGGUGGUACGCAAACUGGUGAUGCUUUGGAGGAGGCCAGGGAACAUACUUUCAAGACCGAGCACGGUGCCCGUCCCAAUGUGGUUAAGGUGGCUAUUGUGAUCACUGAUGGUGUCUCUGCCAAUCGACAACAGACCCUUGCGGAGGCAAAGAUAACUAGGGACCGGGGAAUUAAGGUAUUUGCUGUUGGUAUUGGUCCCGGCGUUGACAGGUCUGAGUUGGUAGGGAUUGCCGGCGCAGAGAACCCGGGUCAUGUGUUCAGCGCGGCAACGUUCGAGGCCUUGGAGGUUUUGAUUGAAAGUAUUGUAAAGCAAACCUGCGCAGGAGGCCACAUGUUCGCAGAUGCACCAGCUGGCCAGCUUAUCCUACUACCACCCUGCGAGGCGACGCCUAGCGACGUAGUCUUCAUCCUUGACAACUCCGCUAGCGUUCAAAGUGACGAGUAUCGCGAUAUGAUCAAGUUCGCCAAGAGCGUUGUCAGUGAGUUCAAUAUCGGAACACGUUUGAAUCAGACCAAAGUGGCAGCUGUCGCCUUUGCGAGUGCUGCACGGGUUGGAUUUUACCUCAACGAAAAUCGGUAUUUCAUGGACUAUGCCAAAUCUUUCAACGAGAUUCGUCGAUUGUACGGCCGUUCCAACACUGCUGACGCCCUCCGGAUCGCGAGGGUGUCGGCCUUAUCGCCUUUCAGAGGAGCUAGGCCGAGAGUUCAGAAACUUGUUGUACUUAUCACUGAUGGGAAGUCUAACAAUCGAGAACAGACAGUGGCUGAGGCCUCACUUAACUUGGCCGAAGGCAUUGAAACUGUGGUGAUUGGUGUAGGCAAACGUAUCUCGACCAAGGAGCUCCACACCAUAGUUGGCCGAGGACAAGGCCGACGCAUCCUGACCGUGGAGAGGUUCCGCGACCUGCCUCAGGUCAAGGCUGAUGUGGUGAAAGCAAGAUGCUCAAGAGGUUAAUUCUCUGAAGCGGUGUUUGAAUCAAAUGGGAUCGUGUGCCGAGUUGGACAGAAUAAACACGUCAGCUGCCGCUUUGCACAUACGAUAGAAUUAGUCCGAAUACAUUGACGCUGAAUUUAGUUCCGGGAACAUUAUCAAAGAGACUUAUCAGACACUUAUCAACACAAGAAGAACACUGUGCUUUUGCCAAAUAUUUGGACACGGAAAGGCUGAGGCUUGCAGAGAAACAGGACACGACUCUUUAAUGAGAUGACGAUAAUAUUCGACCGACACGGUUCAACAGGAGAUUCAACGUAAUACCAACGACUGCUGAUAAUGAUCCGUGAGGCCGAUUUUUUUAGCGCGACU